CGGGAAUGGCGGAGCAGUGGGAGCUGGACGAGGAGGGCAUCCGCCGCCUGGGGGCGCUGACCCUGGAGCAACCCGAACUGGUGGAGUCUCUUUCAUUGCAGGGAUCUUACGCUGGAAAAAUCCAUUCCAUUGGUGAUGCCUUCAGAAAUUUUAAAAGUCUCCGAUCCUUAGAUUUAUCAAGAAAUUUGAUCACUAGCCUGAAGGGCAUCCAGUAUUUAUGUUCACUCCAAGACCUGAAUUUAUAUUAUAACAACAUUCCUUCAUUAGUGGAGGUGUCCCGCCUACAGCCUUUACCCUUCCUCAAAGAACUAGAUUUGAGACUCAAUCCUGUUGUCAGGAAAGAUACAGAUUAUAGGCUCUUUGCUGUGUACACGCUACAAACUCUGGAGAAACUGGAUGACCGAGCCGUACGAGAAAGUGAGAGAAAGGCUGCCAAGCUGCAUUUUAGUCAGUUGGGUAACAAUGAAAAUUUUCUUUUAGAGGUGGAAAAAAGGGAGAAGACAGUGAAAAACUGUGUAGCAAAUGAGAGCACUGCAUCAAAAGUCAGCACUGAUGUUGAUAACAGGAUUGAAACUGGCUCAAACAAAGGACUUUUUAUUCCCUUCCCUAACUGGGAAGUAAAGGAUUCCCCAACAAGUACUUCUGUAACCCAGGGCAAUGGUAUACCAGAUCAGAAAUUAGACACUUUGCCACUGGGGACACAGGAAGUGGCAAGAAGGGAGAUGCCAAGUGAGAAUCACCAGGAAGAUGAAUUCAGACGCUACUCGCCUCAUCAAUCCACAGUUCGAACCCCAGAGAAGAUGGCUAGAGAAGGGUACCGAAUAUCUUUUUUGGACAACAAGUCUUCAGGUUCUUCUCCAGAAAAGGACUUGAUACUAAAACCUGAUACUUAUCAGCUUACCCAUGAUGCCUCAUUGGGUAAACGCCUGGAUGUGGGUGAUUCUAGACAGAGUCAUCCCUAUCAGUUACCUUCAGAUGCUGGUCUAGAAAAUUAUGAUAGUCAUUAUUCUCAAAAUCCAUCCCUGCAUGGAAGUCUUGGUAAAAGGCCUCAGAGAAGCAGGAACUACCGAGAAUAUAGCACAAAACCUUCAAAUAACAUGAAGGCCACCACAUCCCAUUCCUGCGGAGACUUACUGACUUCUCUGUCAAACCCUGACUCCAGCACCGGAAGGCUUUUGAAGCUUAGUUCAGAUCUGUAUGCCACAACCCAUUUCAACAGCGACCCUGCUCUGCUGGUGAAUGUAGAGCAAAAAUUAUCCACCAGCCUCGGCGAUUUAACACCAGCACAUGGUUCUUUCCCAAACAACACCAUCCUGGGAGACUCUCUGCGGACACUGCUGUUGCCUACUGGGACUUCAGAAAACAGAGAGAGUUUGACCAAGGGGUCAUUAAGCCCAUUGAGAAGAGGAUUCAAACGGAAAGAAAAUAUCCUUGACACCCUGAAUCCAAAACAUGGUUUCAGAGAUGCUACAGGCAGCGAGCCACUGAUGCCUAUUUUUCCAGACAAGAGCACUGGUGUUAAUGUAUUUGGGGCGAAGCCUCUCUCUAGUGACCUGGGCAGUUUGCAUGGUUUGCCAGGAAACCACAGUCCCCCGAUCUCUGCCAGAACAUCCCAUGUGGCCACUGUCCUCAGACAGCUCCUGGAGCUUGUGGAUAAGCACUGGAACGGUUCCGGCUCCCUCCUCCUCAACAAGAAGUUUCUGGGUCCUGCCCGAGAUCUGCUUCUGACUUUGGUAGUCCCUGCUCCUUCUCAGCAGUGGUGUCGCUCACAUCCUGAAGAUACAUCAAAAGCCUUCCACAAGAGGGAGAUGGAACUGAAGGAGACGGGGCAGCUGGUCCCUAAUGACAUGGAAAGUUUGAAGCAAAAACUGGUCAGAGUGCUGGAGGAAAACCUCAUUUUGUCAGAAAAAAUCCAGCAAUUGGAGGAAGGUGCUACCACCUCAAUUGUGAGUGGGCACCAGUCCCACACUUAUGAUGAUCUUCUGCGCAAAAACCAACAGCUGAACAUGCAGGUGGCUUGCCUGAACCAGGAGCUUGCCCAGCUGAAAAAGCUGGAGGAGACAGUGGCCCUUCUCCAUGAAAGUCAGAGAUCCCUGGUGGUAACUAAUGAGUAUCUGCUGCAGCAGCUGACUAAAGAGCAAAAAGGUUAUUCUGGGAAAGCACUCCUGCCUCCUGAGAAGAGUCAUCAUUUGGGGAGAUCAUCGCCCUUUGGGAAAAGCACGCUGUCUUCCUCCUCACCAGUGGCACAUGAUACGGGUCAGUAUCUAAUACAGAGUGUUUCAGACUCUGUCCCAGAGCCUAGUCUAUGGAGCUAGCACUGCACACCUUCUUUGCAGCUUCCCUCUCAGCCCCAGGGGGCUCUCAGUGUUAUUGCCACUAGUAUGGUGGUAUUCACUCUCAAGAUUAAGAAAAAAAUCUUAUUUUAAUUAUA